GUGAUGGAACAUAAAAGGUUGGUAAUAAAUAGUAAUUACAAAUAUUUGUGUAGAAAAAUUGAAAAGAAAAUCAUAACAAACUUUUCAUGAAUGAAAAUGUACAAAUAAAGUUAACGAAAUGUCUUCGGAGAAGUUAAUAUAUAGGGUAGAUCAACCCCAUGGGCCGGGUGAAGUAUAUGUUUCAUGGCAACGGGGCUCAGGAAAUUAUCUUGCAAUGACUGGAUAUGAUCAGACUGUUUCAAUUAUUGAUCGUUAUGGCCAACAACAAGCACGAAUUAAAUUACCUGGAUUAUGUAGUGGAUUGGGCUGGGAUAUUGACGGUGAUAUUUUAGCAGUUAUUGCGGCUGGUUCAUCCCAAUUAUUUCUUUGGGAUGCGAACUCUCGACGUCAACAAGUCAUCGAUGUAGGUUUACGUGAUUCCAUGAGUUGGAUUGGUUGGACUAAAACUGGCACAGUUUUAGCUGCGGCUACCGUUCGAGGGAAUUUAGCUAUUUACAAUCAUCAUACAUCAAAACGCAUUCCAAUUUUUGGCAAACACACUAAGAAAGUAACAUGUGGCAGUUGGAAUUCAGAAAAUUUACUUGCAUUAGGGUCAGAGGAUCGUACAUUAUCGAUUAGUAAUGUAGAUGGAGAUACACUACGUGUGAUUUCGUUACGUUCAGAUCCAGCUGAUAUACAAUUUUCAGAAAUGAAAGGUGACGAACGUGUGGGCGCCGAAAAUACAGUGAGCUUAAUCGUUGGAAAGAAAACGUUAUAUUUGUAUAAUUUAUUAGAUCCCGAUAAUCCAAUUGAACUCGCAUUUCAAUCACAUUAUGGAACAAUUGUUUCUUAUAAAUGGUUUGGUGAUGGUUAUAUAAUCAUUGGUUUUAGUGUUGGAUAUUUUAUUGCAAUAUCAACGCAUAUAAAAGAAGUUGGGCAAGAAUUAUUUCAAAUACGUAAUCAUAAAACGAGUUUAAAUGAUGUUGCGAUAUGUACUAAAUUAAAUAAAGUGGCUUCCUGUGGCGAUAAUAAUAUAAAAAUAUAUGAUACAAAUAAUUUACAAAAUAGUACAGGCAUUGUAAUAAAUGUUGAGCAUGAAAUUGAAACCGAACAUAUAGAAUGGUCAGAUGAUGGACAAAUAUUAGCUGUAUGUGGUCGAAGUGGCUCUGUUUAUUUAUAUUUAACGCAAAUACAAUCAAUGUCAGCGGUUUACGGUACCCGUGUUGCGUUAUUAAUUGGUUUAAUUGAUAUUGCAUUAUAUCAAUAUGUUAAAAAUGAAAAGCAAAUAAAAAAAUUAUCACUAUCGAUAAAAUCAGAAAUCGAACCAAGUUAUAUAUCACUUGGUCCGUAUCAUUUAGUAUGUGGUAUGAAUAAUCAUGCAUGGUUCUAUGAUUUAACAAAACAACAACAAUCACAAUUACAACAAAUAACAAAUAAUAAUAUGUUAUUGUUAUUAAAUAAUAACAAUAAUAAUAAUAAUUUAUUACAAGAUGAACCACAACCAUUACUAAUCAAAGAUCGUGAAUAUUUAUCAGCAAUUAAAAGUAUUAAAUUAAAUGUGGAAUAUGCAUCAGCACUGUAUGAUGGUAAAAUACAGUUGCAUUUGAUUGAACAAAAUGAUACAUCAAAUGAUCGGGAUAGUAAAAUAUUUCCAGAAUCAACGAAACAAAAUAUUAUGAUUACCGACCAUGCAUUAACGCCAGAAUUUUUAAUAUAUUGUUCGGAUAUGGGACAUAUAAAUUAUUUCUUUUUGGAAGAUUGGAAAAUGAGUAUUGAAUACAAGCAUGUAAUAGGUAUAAAAAAUAUAUUUAUUGAUCCUGGUGGUACACGAUUAGUAUUUAUUGAUGAUAAAAGUCAAGGAUAUUUAUAUAAUCCGGUGAUAAAUCAAGUUACCAUAAUUAAUGAACUAGCACCAACAGUAUUAGGAAUUAUUUGGGAUAGUUAUCCAUUAAAUAGGAAUAUAUUUAUAUCAUAUGACGAAAAUGAAAUUUGUACAUUUAUUUAUACAAAACAGUCGGUUAUCGGGUCUACCGUGGAAAAAGUAGGAUCAAUGCGUAUAGUAAGCCAACAAGUACCUUUACUAUUAUUAAACGAUGAAAUAACUGCGACCAAUUCAAAUGGACAAUUAAUAACGUUUCCAUUAUGCACCUCCGAUAACGCAUCGAAUAUAAAACAAGAAGGUGCAUUACCAAGUUUAGAACAAACACUAGACAAACAAUUAAAAUUACAAAAAUAUGAUGAAGCAUGGCAAACUUGUGUGACAUUAAAUCGUAAAAAUUGUUGGAUACAAUUAGCUGACGCAGCAAUGAAUAAUUUAGAAAUUGAAUUAGCUAUACGAGUCUAUGCGCACAUUGAAAAUGUUGGAAUGGUUUGGACUUUAACGGAAUUGUUAGAUAUUGAUAAUUGGUAUGAAUUAGCUGGACAUGUUUGUUUAAUAUUAGGUGAUUAUGAUGCGGCCCAAAGAUGGUUUUUAAUGGUUACAACGGGUGGAAGUGGAGGUAUAAAUCAUGGGGCAAAAAUUGCACUAAAUAUGCGUCGUGAUUUAUUACAAUGGGAUGAAGCAUUACGUUUAGCUAGACAGUAUGCACCGGAUGAAGUACCAGCUAUUGCAAGGGAAUUUGCAUUACAAUUGGAAUUUACAGGAAAUUAUGCAGAAGCCUUAAAUCAUUACGAAAAAGGUAUCCAAGAUUACAAACUAAAUCAUUCACCAAUAACAUCUACUGAACAUAUCACUCAAUGUAUGAAUGGUAUUGCUCGAAAUUCAAUUCGAUGCGGUAAUUAUACCAAAGGAUUUAAUAUUGCUGUUGAAAAUGACAAUCAACAAUUACAAAAAGAAUGUGCUGAUAUAUUAGAACAAAAGAAACAAUAUCCAGAAGCAGCUAUAUUAUAUGAAAAAUGUAAACAAUUCGAUAAGGCUGCAUCAAUGUAUAUCAAAUUAAAAAAUUGGAAAAAGGUUGGCGAAUUUAUGGAAUAUGUCCAAUCACCAAAAAUACAUUUAUUGUAUGCAAAAGCCAAAGAAUCUGAAGGGAAAUAUGAGGAUGCUGUGCAAGCAUAUCAAUUAGCAAAGGAUUAUACAUCAGUUGUACGAUUACAAUUGGAAAAAUUAAAUAAUCCUGAGGUAGCUGUGGAAAUCGUUCAAGAAACUAAGAGUACUGAAGGUGCUAAAAUGGUUGCAGAAUUCUUCCAAAGAUUAAAUGAAUACUCAUCAGCAAUACGGUUCCUAGUAUUAUCCGGUUGUUUUGAUGAAGCCUUCCAAAUGGCACGGAAACAUAACAAAUUAGAAAUGUAUGGAGAUAUAUUAAUACAAACUUUAGACACCGACCACAAACGUCAAGAUGAUUUUAAAAGUUUAGCAUUAUAUUUUGAAAAUGAGCGAAAUUAUCUACUAGCUGGAAAAUAUUUUUAUCAUGCAAGAUUAUUCGAUAAAUCAAUGCAAUAUUUACUUAAAGCAGCAAAAUCAUUAAACGAUGAAGCUGAAGCAUUAAACUUAGCCAUAGAUGUUGUAGCUACGUCAAAUAAUGAUAAUUUAUCAAAUGAAUUGAUUGAAUUUUUGUUAGGUGAACAUGAUGGUUUACCAAAAGAUCCAAAGUUUUUGUUUCGUUUAUAUAUGGCACGUAAACAAUAUCGUGAAGCAGCAAAGACAGCAAUAAUAAUUGCAAACGAAGAACAAAUGAAUGGAAAUUAUCGUAAUGCACACGAUGUUCUGUUUAGUAUGUAUCAAGAAUUGAAAAGGAACAAGAUUAAAAUACCUUUAGAAAUGCAAAAUAAUUUGAUGUUGUUACAUUCUUAUAUUUUGGUGCGGAUUCAUGUACGACGUGGAGAUCAUCUUAAAGGUGCUCGAAUGUUAAUUCGCGUGGCGAAUAAUAUAUCCAAAUUUCCAUCACAUAUUGUUCCAAUAUUAACAUCAACGGUAAUUGAAUGUCAUCGAUCUAACAUGAAAAAAUAUGCAUUUGAGUAUGCAACAAUGUUAAUGGGCUCACAAUAUAGAGCACAAAUCGAUCCAAAAUAUGUGAAAAAAAUUGAAGCAGUUGUACGUAAACCUCCAAAAGGUACAUAUGAUGAAGAACGUGAACCCACAUCCCCUUGUCCAUAUUGUGAUUAUAAAAUAAUAGAAACGGAAAUUAAUUGUACACAAUGUAAAAGUGUGAUACCAUUUUGCAUUGCUACCGGAAAACAUAUUGUCAAAGAUGAUUUAACAGCAUGUCCAAACUGUGAUUUUCCAGCAAUUCGAACAGAAUUAAUACAAUUAAUUGAAUCUGAAGGUGUUUGCCCAAUGUGCUCAGAAAAAGUUGAUCCACGAAGUUUGAGAAAAAUUGAUGAUGAUGAAGAAUACUUAAAUUUAAAUGAUGUACCGUCCUAGUGUAGUAUUUAUUAAAAUUAGGCAAA